AUGGCCGACCUUCGUUCAGCGUGUGAUCGCUGCCAUAACAAAAAGCUACGAUGCACAAAGAUACCGGGCUCUAUAGUUUGUGGCCGCUGUGUCAAGGCUGGCGUCUCUUGUAUCUUUAGCCCUCCUGCUCGAUCACUCCGCCAGCCCGACAAUACCGCCUUUGACUGGUCUCCUAUGCUUGAGUUCGACAGCCAGACGUUUGAUCGUCUGGGCAAUGUUGGCCUAAAUCCUCAAACAGUUACUCCUCCCGUGAGCGAUGAAGCAGACCCAACACCUCCCAGUCCAGUGUCACAGUUGGCCGACCUCAUGGUCUCACUGGACCGACUACAACAAGACUUUCCCAGCCCUGUACAACAUCACGUUUCAACACAUCAGCUUAAAGAGAUUCCCCAGAGCUUGACUGCAAAGUUCAACCUUCAGACCACUCUUGAUAAUUUACUACAGAGGGCUCAGAAGCUUUCGGCGUUAUAUCCCGAGGUGCUUGAGCGACUCCAACCAGAGCAAGACACUUGCAGUAUCCCAGAUUGCAUGCAUACGGCACAUGGAUUUCUACGGACUAGACCUCAACUACCAUUUGACCAGUCUACCGUUAAUCUUCUCCUCGCCUGCCAUCUGAAGCUCCUGGCAAUCUUUGAUAGCAUCGUCGAUCACGCUCACCUAUGUGCGAAAGUGACCGCGAUGUUGCCCGACGACCAUGAACCCAGCUUCGACAUCCCCGAGAUCCGAAUCGGAUCCUUUGUGGCACCAAAAGCCUCUGCCGCUUCAAUGAUGACGGCCAUGAUAAUUGAGCUUCAGUCAACGCUCGCAGCAAGAGCUCAACAGCUCAGUGACCUGGUCGCAUCUGUUGCAGGCAACGAGUCAAGAGAGGCCAAGAUACUUGGUCUGCAAUGCGAAUGUCUAAAGGAGCAUUCUUCAACUACACUAGCCGACCUCCACGAAUUAAGAGACCAUCUCACCAAGCUUGGUUUUAUCCGAUGA